GAGGAAGACGAUGAGGAUGAUGAUGAGAAUGAUGAUGAGGAUGAUGAUGUGGAUGAUGAUGAGGAUGAUCAUGACGAUGACGAUGAGGGUGAUGAUGAGGAUGACGAUGCGGAUGAUGACGUGGAUGAUGAUGAGUAUGAUGUUCUGAAUGAGGAUGAGAAGGAAUAUGAGGAUGAUGAUGAGGAUGAAGUUGAGGAUGACGAUGAUGAUGAUGAUGAGAACGAGAAUGAUGAUGAGCAUGAUGAUGAUGAUGAUGAGGAUAAUGAUGAGGAUGAUGAUGAGGAUGAUGAUGAGGAUGAUGAUGAGGAUGAUGAUGAGGAUGAUGAUGCCCAUAAUGACGAGGAAGAUGUUGAGGAUGGUGAUGAGUAUGAUGAGGAGUAUGAUGUUGAGAAUGAUGGUGAGGAUGAUGACGAGGAUGAUGAUGGGGAUGAUGAUAAAGAUGAGGAUGUGGAUGAUGAUGAAGAUGCUGAUGAGGUUGAUGAUGAGGGUUAUGAUGAGGAUGAUAAUGAUGAUGAUGAUGAGGAUGAUGAUGAGGACGAUGAGGAUGAGGAUGACGAUGAGGAAAACAAUAAGGAUAUUGAUGAAGAUGAUGAUGAGGAUGAUGAUGAGUAUCUUGCUGAGGAUGAUGAUGAUGAAGAUGAUGAUGAGGAUGAUGAUGAGGAUGAUGAUGAGGAUGAUGAUGAGGACGAUGAUGAGGACGAUGAUGAGGACGAUGAUGAUGACGAGAAUGAUGAUGAUCAUGAUGUUGAGGGUUAUGAUGAGUAUGAUAAUGAAUAUGAUGAUAAGGAUGAUGAUGAGAAUGAUAUUGAGCAUGAUGAUCAGAAUGAUGACGUGGAUGAUGACGAGGAUGAUGAUGAGGAUGAUGAUGAUGAUGAGGAUGAUGACGAGGAUGAUGAUGCGGAUGACGAUGAGGACGAUGAUGAGGGUGAUGAUGAAGAUGAUGAUGAGGAUGAUGAUGAGGAUGAUGAUGAGGAUGAUGAGGAUAAAAAUGACGAUGACGAUGAGGAUGAUGACGAGGAUAGUGAUUAUGAGUAUGAUGACGAGAAUGAUGAUGAGGAUUAUGAUAAGGAGGAGGAUGAUGAUGAGGAUGAUAAUGUGGGUGAUGAUGAGGAUGAUGAUUCCGAUGAUAAUGAGGAUGAUGAUGAGGAUGAUGAUGAGGAUGAUGAUGAGGAUGACGAUGAGGAUGAUGAUGAGGAUGAUGAUGCGGAUGAUGAUGAGGAUGAUGAUGAGGAUGAUGAUGAGGAUCAUGUUAAAAAUGAGGAUGAGGAAGAUGAUGAGGAUGAUGAUGAGGAUGUUGAUGAGGAUGACGAUGAGGAUGAUGACGUGGAUGAUGAUGAGUAUGAUGUUAUGGAUGAGGAUGAGAAGGAUUAUGAGGAUGAUGAUGAGGAUGAAGUUGAGGAUGAUGAAGACGAUGAUGAUGAGAACGAGAAUGAUGAUGAGCAUGAUGAUGAUGAUGAUGAGGAUGAUGAUGAGCAUGAUGAUGAGGAUGAUGAUGAGGAUCAUGAUCAGGAUGAUGAGGAGGAUGAUGAUGAGGAUGAUCAUGAGGUUGUUGAUGACGAUGAUGAUGAGGAUGAUGAUGAGAAUUAUGAUGCGGAUGAUGAUGUGGAUGAGGACUAUGAUGAGGCUGAUGAUGAGGAUGAUGAUGAGGAUGAGGACGAGAAUGAUCAUGAUGCUGAUGAUGAUGAUCGUGAUGAGGAUAAUGACAAGUAUGAUGAUGCGGAUGAUGAUGAGGAUGAUGAUGCCCAUGAUGAUGAGGAUGAUGAUGAGUAUGAUGAUGAGGAUGAUUAUGAGGAUGAUGCUGAGGAUCAUGUGAAGUAUGAGGAUGAUGAUAAUGAUGAGGAUGUUGAUGAGGAUUAUGAUGAGGAUGACGAUGCGGAUGAUGACGUGGAUGAUGAUGAGCAUGAUGAUGAUGAUGAUGAGGAUGAUGAUGAGGAUGAUGAUGAGGAUGAUGAUGAGGAUCAUGAUCAGGAUGAUGAGGAGGAUGAUGAUGAGGAUGAUCAUGAGGUUGUUGAUGAGGAUGAUGAUGAGGAUGAUGAUGAGAAUGAUGAUGCGGAAGAUGAUGAGGAUGAGGAUGAUGAUGAGGAUGAUGAUGACGAUGAUGACGAGAACGAGAAUGAUGAUGAGCAUGAUGGUGAUGAUGAUGAGGAUGAUGAUGAGGAUGAUGAUGAGGAUCAUGAUCAGGAUGAUGAGGAGGAUGAUGAUGAGGAUGAUCAUGAGGUUGUUGAUGAGGAUGAUGAUGAGGAUGAUGAUGAGAAUGAUGAUGCGGACGAUGAUGGGGAUGAGGAUGAUGAUGAGGAUGAUGAUGAGGAUGAGGAUUAUGAUGAGGAUGAUGAUGAGGAUGAUGAUGAGGAUGAGAAUGAGAAUGAUCAUGAUGCUGAUGAUGAUGACCAUGAUGGGGAUAAUGACAAGUAUGAUGAUGACGAUGAUGAAGAGGAUGAUGAUGUCCAUGAUGAUGAGGAAGAUGUUGAGGAUGAUGAUGAGGAUGAUGAGGAGGAUGAUGUUGAGAAUGAUGAUGAGGACGAUGACGAGGAUGAUGAUGGGGAUGUCGAUAAAAAUAAGGAUGUUGAUGAUGAUGAAGAUGCUGAUGAGGUUGUUGAUGAGGAUUAUGAUGAGGGUGCUGAUGACGAUGAUGAUGACGAUGAUGAAGUGGAUGAUGAUGAUAAUAAUGAUGAGGAUGAUGAUGAUGUUGAUGAUGAGGAUGACGAUGAAAAUAAAGAGGUGGCUAAUGACGAGGAUGAUGAUGAUGACGUUAAUGACUAUGAUGCUGAGGAUGAUGAGGAGGAUGAGGAUGAGGAUGAUGAUGAGGAUCAUGAUGAGGAUCAUGAUAAGGAUGAGGAUAAGGAACAUGAUUAG